UGGCGGCCCGAACAAGUCCCAUUGAUGAGUUCUUUAAAGAGGAAAUGGCUUUGGCUUUUCAAGGUUGAUGGCCAAAUUACAAAGUAUUCAGGGAACCUGAUUCUAAUAUCUCAAUGAUAAGACAGUUUCUUCUCAGGGAAGUAACCCAGUCAUGGCGAACUUAGGAUUUGACGACUCUCCAUCAGAUCAACUAGAGGGAAUACAAGUUCAUUCUGUUGUCGGUGGCUUGAUCUUAAAAGGAAACAGCAUCAAAGCGUCUCAAUCCCCGAAGCAAAGCGUAUUAGGACUACAAAAGCUCGCUGAGGAUAAGAGGAAGCGAAAAUUAGAGGAGGAUGGCGAGAAGACGAAGAAGAUCAAAGCUCUUGCCUCAAAUCGUGACGAGGAUUGGGAAGAACCGCAAUUCUCGGGAGAAGCGCGAAUAAGUUCUGGAAAUAAAGGUUUUAAGUCGAAAUCACGACAUUAUAGAUCUGGGUUGGCCGAAACUCCCUCACACACUGGAGGUGUUAAUGAAGAUAUAAGAGAAAAACAGCUCCAGAGACUCGAAAGAGAUCGUGACUCCAGAAAAGGAGGUUUGUAUGCUCAAUCAAAGGCAAAGGACAGAGAAAAAGAUUAUAGAAAAGACAGAAGAGAUAAAAACGAUGAAAGAGAUAGAAGAAGGUAUGAAAAAAGAGAGAAAAGUAGUCGAAGUUCUCGAGAGUACCAGAGAGAUGGCGGGGAAAGUUAUUUUAAAGAGCCAAGAUCGAGCCGCAGUAACUGGGAAGAGACGCCAUACAGAAGCAGUAGGUCAAGAGAUGAAGGUUAUACUCCGCGACAUAAAUCUAAGGAUAUAAGAACACCUUCAAGGAGCAGUUGGGAUGAUGAAGAUGCUACACCCAGCAGAGCCAAAUGGGAAAUGCCAUCUCCCAGCAGAUCAGUUUAUGAAGACAUGAAAAGUGAACGAAGAUCUCAUCGAAGAGUAGAUGACACUCCUCGCUUCACCCCUACACACAAGUACAAUGUUUGGGAAGAUGAUCGCCGUAGCACUGGAGCUACUCCAAGAUUCUCCAAAGGAAAACGUUCUGAAGAAGACAAGGAAUCGCGAUAUCCUUCUGAAGUUGACAAAGAGGAAUGGGAAGAGGAACAAAAGAGGCUGGACCGAGCUUGGUAUGAUAUGGACUCCGGUUAUGAUGAAACACACAACCCAUUUGCAGAUGUCAGUGAUGAAUACACCAAGAAGAAAGAAGAAAACAUGGCCAAGAAAGCAGUUAAGAAGAUGUCCGCACAACAGAGGCAAAUAAACAAGGAUAAUGACCUCUGGGAGACCAACAGGAUGUUGACAAGUGGUGUGGUGCAGAAGUUGGAUGUUGAUGAAGACUUUGAAGACGAUCAAGAAGCCAAAGUUCACUUGUUGGUGCAUAACAUAGUGCCGCCCUUUCUUGAUGGACGCAUUGUCUUCACAAAGCAACCGGAACCAGUCAUUCCAGUCAAGGAUUCCACAUCAGACAUGGCUAUGAUUUCAAGAAAAGGUUGUCAUGUUGUACGGGUUCACCGAGAACAGAAAGAACGUCAGAAGUCGCAACACAAACACUGGGAACUGGCGGGGACAAAACUUGGCAACAUUCUGGGUGUUAAACAGGAGGAAGAAGAUACAAAACAAGACGAGGAAGAAGAUUACAAAGAUAAUCAGAAGUUUGCUGAACAUAUGAAGGACAAAAAUGAAGCCAGCAGUGAGUUUGCUGCGAAGAAGUCAAUCAAGGAACAAAGACAGUAUUUGCCCAUAUUUGCGAUUCGAGAAGAGCUUCUGAACAUCGUGAGAGACAAUCAGGUUGUUAUUGUGGUUGGUGAAACAGGCUCUGGA